AUGAAGCAUUUCGGAGAUAUGUUUUCUUUUCUUGCACCUCUGCUCCUUGUGACGAGCCCGGCUGCCAGGGCGCUAUCUACUACACAAGAUUUCUCUGAUUUGGGAGCAAGAUCUUGUUCGCAGUCUGAAGCUCAGGGGAACGCCUCGACAUGUUAUCCCGAGUACAUCAAGAUCAACCCCAUAUUUGGGCUGGAGAUAAUGUCUAUUGAAGCCACCGCCUUCUUCAAUGCCACUACCACCCCCAAUUUUCCGAACUCCUUUCCAGCCUCUGCGAACCUCACUGGAAUAGACUACUGCAACGUUACAGUUACCUCGCGGCAUCCAGGCUAUCAGGAAGCUGGUAUUAAGACAUCAGUCUAUCUGCCCCUGAACAACUGGAACGAACGCAUGAUGGGUAUCGGUGGCAGUGGCUUCAGCGCAGGGAACCAGUUGGACCGGGUUCUGACGCCGUUAUCCCAAGGCUUUGCCACUGUGUCCACCUCGGCCGGAGUUUCCAGAAACACAAUGCAAGAUAGCGCUGAAAUUGCCAACUCAGACCUUUGGGCUCUUCGCAGCACUGGAAACGUGAAUGUUGAGGCUCUGUCGGAUUUUGGAUACCGAGCAUUAGGAGAUGCUGCUGAGAUCGGCAAGUCUGUCAUCGAAAACUUUUACAAGAAGUCAGCCAAAUACCGUUACUGGAAUGGCUGCUCAACCGGAGGCAGGCAGGCACUUAUGCUCGCCCAGCGGUAUCCGAAGGCGUAUCACGGCUUGUUGGGCAGCUGUCCGGCGAUAAACUGGGCUCGUUUCCUCUCUGCCGAUAUUUUCCCUCAGAUUAUCAUGAAGAACAUCACCAAUGGGGGACGAGUACCCGCUCCGUGUGAGUUCCGUGCCAUCACAGCCGCGGCCCUUGAGGCGUGCGACAGCCUGGAUGGAGUGAAGGACAGCUAUGUCAUGGAUCCUUCAAAGUGCGAAUUUAAGGCUGCCACGGUCCUAGGCAAGCAAAUCGCUUGUCCCGAACUACCAAGUGGAAAUACGACAAUUUCUGAAGCUGCUGUUAAAGCGGCCGAGGUCGCAUGGGCAGGCUAUCACACAGUAGAUGGCGUUUGGCGAUACUACGGGGUCAGCCGUACUACCAACAUUACAACAGGUGGUGCUUUGCUGGACACGAAAUGCGACAAUACUGGAAAUUGCACCUUUUCACCCUUCCCUAUUGCGGCGAACUGGGCCAAGAACUUCUUGAUGAAAGACCUUCAGGCUGACCCUAUGUCGCUCACGCAUAGCCAGUUCGAUCGUCUCUGGCAGCUCUCUGUACAAGAGUGGUCGUCAUUCAUGAGCACGGAUGAUCCCAACCUUGCCGCAUUUAGAGAUGCUGGUGGGAAACUCAUGACGUGGCAUGGGCUUGAUGAUAUUCAGAUUCAGGCUGGGGGCACUGAGGAGUAUUACAAGCGCGUCCUGGCGGUGGACUCCAAGGCUGCCGACUACUUUCGAUUUUUCCAAGUGCCUGGAGUGGGACACUGCUCAGGAGGAUUCGGGGCCUAUCCUGGAACGUCAUUCCAGUCCUUGAUGGACUGGGUGGAAAAGGGCAUUGCACCAGAGACGCUCUAUGGAAGAACCAGUGGCGGAAUAGAACGGCCAAUUUGCCUCUACCCCAAGAAGAUCUCAUACAUUGGUGGCAGCGCCGAGAAUAUCAACUCUUUUCACUGUACCAUGGCCCCUGUUGGAAUCACGGAGUGUUUACAUAGGACUUUUCACUCAGCAAGCAUUGUUCAGUUGACAACAAUGGACUUGGGCUUUGUGCCACGGUCUACAUGA